AUGAGACUUAGUCCCUUUGCCUUCAGGAAAAAAGGUGGUUGGCUGCAAGUGGGUAUAUGCUCCUAAGUAUAAACCUAAUGGAACAUUGGAAAGAUACAAGGCAAGGUUGGUAGCUAAAGGCUAUUUACAAUCUAAUGGAAUUGAUUAUUUUGAGAAAUUUGCUCCUGUUGCAAAGUUAAAUACCAUCCCGAUACUUAUAGCAUCGACAGUAAAUUUAGGAUGGGAAAUGCAUCAGCUUGAUGUGAAAAAUGUAUUUCUUCACGAAAAUUUGGAGGAAGAAGUAUAUAUGAAUGUACCUCUAGGUUACACAUUUACCCAUCAAAAUAAUGUUGUUUGUAUGUUGAAGAAAUCUCUAUAGAGUUUAAAACAAUCACCCCGAGUCUGGUUUGAGAGAUUCACUCAAGCCAUGAAAGGAUUUGGGUACAUAAAAAGCAAUGGGGAUCACACUCUCUUCAUUAAGCAUGGUGCCCAAAACAAGGUUACAGCCUUAAUUGUGUAUGUAGAUGAUAUCAUCAUAACAGGAGAUGAUACUGAGGAGACUAAAUGCCUUGGCCAAAAUCUAUCUAGAGGAAUUUGAUAUCAAAUCCCUAGGAAGGUUAAAAUAUUUAUUGGGAAUUGAGGUUGCAUAUUCAAAAGAAGGUGUAUUUCUUUCACAACACAAGUAUAUUCUUGAUUUACUUCAAGAGACUGGAAAAUUGGAGUGUAAACCUGACACUCCACUUGAUCCCACCUUAAGUUUGGGAGAAGGUAAAGACUCUAAUCAGGUGGAUAAAAGCUCAUAUCAACAGUUGAUUGGGAGGUUGAGGUACCUAAAUCAUACCUGUCCAGAUAUAAAUUUGCAGUGAAUGUACUCAGUUAGCAUAUGAAUGAUCCAAGGGAGAUACACCUACAGGCAACAUAUCAAGUGUUGGCAUAUCUAAAGACAAUAACAAGGCAGGACAUUCUAUUCAAAAAAGGAGGGAAACAAUCUAUUGAAAUCUACACCGAUGUUGAUUAUGCAAGGUCUGUUAUAGAUCGCAGAUCAACAUCGGGCUAUUGUACAUUUGAUUGUAGAAAUCUUGUGACAUGGAGAAGCAAAAAGCAACAAGUAGUUGCAUGA